UCAACUCCAACCAACCAACCCCUCUCUCUCUCUCUCUCUCUCUUUCUCUCUUUUGCUUAGUUUUCUUCAACGAUGACCAAAUGCAUAUAAAAAAUAACAAUUCAUUCAUUGUGUGUUUUCUUGCUCUCUCCGUCGUCCUCUCCAUUUCCUAAAUUGGCUUUAAAACCCCUCCUGUUUUUUCUUCACCUCAGAGUGAUUAUUAUUCUUCAUAUAUUCUUCAGGCCCUUGUAAUUUACAGUACUACAAUGGGUUUGUUCAAUUCUUGUGGGGUGGCUUACAAGCCUGCCAAAGAUGUUGAUUUGAGUCCCACAAGUUCUGAAUUCUACCUCAAAGCUAAUGUCAAAGCUCCUCUCAUGAUAGGGGUUGUGGUGAAAAUAUUUGCAUGGGUCCUAGAAAUGAGGAUUUUGGGGAAGUUGUUAUUAUACGUUCUCAAGGCCAAUAAUCUCAUUUACAAGCUCGUUGGAAAUGCGGAGAUUGAAGAGUCGCCUGUCUUUUUUCCCUCGCAUCCUGUUGAGGAAAAAGAAAGCGAGGAGGUCAAGCUCAUUGACUUAGAUCUAUCUGAAACAGAACAAGUUCAAGAAGCAGUUAGUUGUCUGCCUGCAUGGUCAGAGAGAGAAGUAAAUUCUUUGAAUCCUUCAUUUCACCGCUGGACAAUAAUGGACUACUCAAGGGCAUACCAUUCAAAAAAAACAACUCCUCUAACUGUUGCAGAGAGAUUCAUAGCAGCUGUGAGUGAAUCAUCCAAACCUCCAUUCAACAUGUCAUUCUUCAUUAAUUAUGAUGUUGAAGAUAUUAUGAAGCAGGCAGCUGAAUCAACUAAACGAUAUGAACUCGGAAAACCCCUUUCAGUUCUAGAUGGUGUUCCAAUUGCAGUCAAGGAUGAAAUAGAUUGUUUACCAUAUCCUACUACAGGGGGGACAAGUUGGUUGCACAAACUAAGACCUUGUACAGGUGAUGCAAGCUGUGUGAAAUAUCUCAGGUUAUCUGGAGCCCUAAUUGUUGGGAAAACCAAUAUGCAUGAACUUGGUAUUGGAACAAGUGGAAUAAACCCUCAUCAUGGAACGACAAGAAAUCCGUAUAAUUCAAGCAGGAUAUGUGGAGGUUCCUCUAGCGGAUCUGCUGCAGUUGUUGCUGCAGGACUAUGUCCUGCUGCUCUAGGUGUUGAUGGAGGAGGAUCUGUGAGAAUCCCUGCAUCUCUAUGUGGAGUUGUCGGUUUGAAGCCAACGUUUGGCCGUGUACCUCAUUCUGGUGUUCUUCCUCUGAAUUGGACCGUUGGAAUGGUUGGGAUACUGGCAGGCACAAUUGAGGAUGCAUUUAUUGUUUAUGCAGCUAUAAGCAGCAAACUUCCUUCGCAUCAGAAUACUGCAUUGCCCAAACUUUGUUUUCCUGUGCUCAAUUCUUCAAGACCAAUAUCUUCGGUUACAUUGGCAAAGUAUAGCGAGUGGUUUAACGACUGCAGUGAUGAUAUCAGAGUUUGCUGUUCCAAUGCCAUGGACAAACUUCAAAAACAUAACGGUUGGAAGAGUGUGGAGGUGACUAUUCCAGAGAUAGAAGUAAUGCGUUUAGCACAUUAUUCAACGAUUGCAUCCGAGUGCAGCACUUCAUUGAGUUCUUAUCUUGAAAAGUUGGAUUCCUCACAACUAGGAUGGGAUGCAAGAGUAGCACUGGCGGUUUAUGGUUCUUUCAGUAGCAAGGAGUACAUAAAAGCUCAGAAGAUUAGGAAUCGCCAGAUGUAUUUUCAUCGGAAAAUAUUAGCACAUGCAGAUGUCAUUGUUUCACCAACAACUGGUGUAACUGCUUACCCAAUCUUGAACGGUGCUCUCAAGACUGGAGAACUUGACUACAUUAAUGGAGCUGCCCUUGUUAGGUAUUCAAUAGCUGGAAACUUUCUGGGAUUACCUGCAGUAACUGUUCCAGUUGGAUAUGAUAAAACUGGUUUGCCAAUAGGCCUUCAGUUCAUUGGAAGGCCUUGGUCUGAAGCAACUCUCAUUCAUAUAGCAUGUGCAAUGCAGGCUCUCUGUAUUGGUGAUUACAAAAGGCCACAAGUUUUUCACGAUCUUCUCAGCGAAAAAUAAGUCACAAAGAAACGCCAUAGCUUUUAUGCAAUAUGUUGUAUGUUUGUUUGGUCAAUUUGGAUAUGGCGAGAGUUGUGAGGGAGUUGGUUUGCUUUUAAUUGCUGGAAGAAAUUGACUUCCACAUCACUAUUUUGUACUUUGUGCGGAUUUAUCUUUCUCAUAAACAUACAAUUUCAAUUUCUCUUCUCUGUUGUAGAUGAUAUCUCAAUUUCCAGAUGUUCUUUGUUUCUUUUGGGUUAAAUUAAAUACAUCUUCAAUUUA